AUGGGAGAGGUAAAAGGCAAAAGAGGUGAAGGCAAAAAGACGCAGGUCGCAAAGAUGGUAAAUCAAACCCUCCAGAAGUUGAUGGAUACGUCAACAGAUGAUGGUCACACUUUAUCAACUUGGAUAACUACCAAUCUGGAAAAGCUCAUAUCUUUGAAAGACGCCAGUGACGCCGAAUUACAAGAGGUCAAAGACAUACACACUCAAUUGGAUGAUUUUAUAAGAUACACCGCCGUAUUAGAGAACACGAAUAGUUUAGAGCUGCAUUCAGUGUUUAUCAGUUUGUCACACCUCUAUACAAUGUCUAUAUGGCAAUUGAAAAACGUAUACCCUGGGAUGGUUUUUGAUUCUGCUGCGUAUUUAACUAAUGUACUAUGUGAGGAAGACGUUUCGAUUGAUGAAAUUAAUGACCCUAAUGAAAAAAAGAAAAAGAAGAAGUCAACGACGAAAAAGAAAAGGUACAUAUACACUCCAGCAAAAGAUAUUGCGUGCACAUUAUUAGUCCAAAUAUUCGAAAAUUUUGGAAGCAGCAUUUCUUCUUUGGUCCCACUACUUUUUAGUGUAAUUUUCAAAAACCUAAAAAAAAUCAUGGAAAAAAGUAAAUAUCACCACGCUGCUUUUAUGACAUCGCUGCUUCAGCUUUUUAAUGCCAUUUUAAGAAAUUCAAACGAUGACGAUAGAAUCUUGGAUCCAACUACGUACGCAAAAUUUUCAAAAUUAUCUAAAACCGUCUUUGACAGUAUUUCAGCGGAUGAGAAAGAUUUCCCGGUUACCUUUGUAUCUGUGUUGAUAGAAUCCUGGACGGCUCAUUUCAAACAGACAGCUUUCAUUAAGGAGCACUCUCAUGACGUGUUAGAAACAAUCUAUUCAAGAUUCACGGAAGGUGAGAUAGGCCUUUAUGGUUUUGCUAAUGAUGAAACUCGUAUUUUCACUGCUAAAUCUCUAGCGGAAAUUUUAUUUGAUUAUUACUUUUCGAAGAAAAUCUUGACCUUACAAGAGGUAUGGUCUAUUUAUGUUAGGAUUUUUCUGAAUUGUGAUACCCGAGAUGUAGAAAGUGGUUGUUUUGAAUCCAUUAUCCAUUUGACUAACAUAAACCUAUUAGCUGAUAAUACUUUCCUGAAUAACUCAAAAUAUUUGGAUAUGGUGCUGUCUUUAAGUGAGAUCUUUAGCGACUACGAAGUAAAUAAUAGAAGCAUGAAUACAUUAUCAAGGUACUUAAGGUACUUCCAACAUAUGCAUAAGAUCAUAUUACCACAUUUGAGUGACACUGCAAAGACUCAAAUGCUAUAUUACAUUUUAGGCUCCUCGGAUCCUCACGGUAGCUCUUUCAAAAGCGAUUCAACUACAAGUCUAAAGUAUAACAUUGAUGCCAAACCUGAAACACAGUGGCUUACACUACUACAAUUAGACUUGACAUAUACUUUAAUAAGCGAUCUGAAUUCUACAUUUGCCACCGAAGAGCAUAUUGUUAAAGAAAUUAGAGAUAAAUUAGUUGAUCUGGCGACAUGUGAGAUAUUUACAAUUCGUGUUCACACAAUGGAAAUUUUGAGAAUUUUUCUGAAUAAUUGUCCGGAAUAUCUCUCGGAGACUAUUGAAAACUCUUUACGUGCAUUAUCUACUGAUUUCAAAUCUACUGACAAAUUCACUUUUCAUAGGAACCAUGGACAUGCUUUUAUUAUAGCGAACCUUAUCAAAGACGCCAAGAGUGAUUAUAUUUCUUAUGAGUUGAUCAUGAGGAUCACAGUUUUCUCCACGUCAUUUAUAAAAAACAAUACCACGUCUACUUCUUCCAACUUGUACUUCAAAGGGCUUUUAUGCUGGAUAUUAUUGAUAGGAUUAAUGAAUUAUAAAGAUGAACAGUAUUUGAAAUUACAGAUACCUCAACUGUUUCUGUUCUGGAAAGUUCUAUUGACACAUACUUACACAUACCAUGACGAGGACGAAUUGUAUAAAAACCUAGAAAUUCGAAACCAUGCUUUGGCCUGUCUAUUAACAUACUUAAGCAAUACGCAAAUUGAUAAAGACACGGCCAAACAAGUGUCAUAUUUGUUAACCAAAUGCUCCAACUUCAACCACUCUAUUGACUUAAAAUCAAAAAACAUUGAUAAUGCCCUGUUGCACAAUGAAAAUAGAAUUUUGCAAGUAUAUCUUAAAUUGGAGAAGUAUAUAAGUAGUGAUUUCAAUAGUUCCUUACUAAUAUUAAUUGUGAAGAACUUUUCAGAUCCUAAUCUCUACACAGAAUCGAGCACUUCCGUUUUUAUCAGUUUAAAAGAUAUGCGGAGCAGAAAAGUAGGAAAUAAAGAUGACGUCGAGAAUAACACCGCUUCAGAAUCCUCAAUAAACACCUUACUGCGUCAAAACAAUGGCUUUGCAUUCGGUCUCUCUAGUAAAAUAAGCAGCGACUGUAUUGUAAAUCUAUCGAUGUCCUCCACCUAUAAAUAUGAUGAACUAAUAAGUGGAAGCUGGCCGUCCAAGGAUUAUAAUUGGUACAAUAUUUUCGAAAAGGAAGUGUUGAAGCCUAUUUCUCCAAUUUUGUCCUUGGACUCAUUGAUUUUGUUAUAUGGAUCCGGAUCUUACUCUCAAAUUGAUCGCUACGCACCCCAAGUUACUACAUCUUUGAUUGACUCUUCUAUGGAGCUUUUUUCAUCUGUAUUUCCCUUUCUGAAUAGUAAAAUACAGUACUCUGUUAUGGAAACUCUGAAUCUGUCCAUGUUUUCCAAAACGACUACACCGUUGAGAAGCGCAGCAAUCGCUGCCAACGUUUGCAGCGCACUGCAUAGUGCUUUGCGGAUCAUGCAAGAAAAGAGUUUGGUGUUGGACUAUUCAGUAGGGCAAUUGAUCAUCGAAUCGAUAAAAAAAAUUCAAUUCUUCAAUGACACAUUUUUGACAAAGAUCAAGGCAGAUUGUGUAGGGUUACUUACGGCCGCUAUUGCACGAUCAUUUGACGAUGAAGAAAGGCAGAAGUUUCUCACAGAGCAAUCAAGGAUAUUUAUAAAAAAUGUCGCAGAUAUGGAUGAACCAUACUUAAGGAUGUUUCACGUCCUUUCAUUGGCCACGAUCUUCAAAUAUAACCCGCAAUAUGCAAAUUUUGAAGCAUCAUUUGACGUCAUCUUUGCGUUAAUGAGGGAUCCACAUCCCGUUGUUCAUUCUUGGUCAUUAAAAGCAAUGCAUGUUCUUCUUGAGAAGCACCUGGUGAUUGAUUUGAAAACAGCAGCUCUGCUGCUGAAUUCUAUGGAAAUCCUGCUGACGAACGAUAAGUUUGGUGUUUACGGUCCCUCCACUCUUCGCUGCAACUAUAAUAGAGAGUUUAAUUCUCAUGUAGCUAUCGGUGAAAUCUCAAAAACUUUGACUGAAACUGUGGGUCCAAAUUUUCUAGAACUAAAUCCUAAAGUUCUUGAUUCGUUCAGAAAUAUUACUCUAUCUUUGUUAAUAUCCAAUAAUAUUCUCAGCAGCAUAACUAGCAUCAAAAUAUUUGAAAAUAUAGCUACUUUCAAAAUGAAUAACAUCCUAAACUAUGGAAUCUUUAUUUCCUCCUCUAAAAGUAUAAUCAAAAGCUCAAUAGUUACAGGAAUAGGGUCAUCAUAUUUUGAUACAACAUUUACCAGCUCAAAUGAACUCAUUUCGCAUACUUCAAGUUUAAAAAGUGCUUUUGAAAACUUUGACUUAUUCACAUUAUUGUACAAAUUGCAGAUGGAAGAAAUCUUCAUGAAAGAAAUGGAAAAUUUGAGCUGGAGGUAUCUGGCCCUAUUUCCAAAUUCCCGCUCUGUUAAGAAUUAUUUUACUGAAUGGAUAUUGCAUACUCUCAAAAAGGAUAGUCAUUGGUUUGAUAAAUUAUAUUCGGUUUUUAAUAUGAGCCUAGGAAGACUCUUCCAAAGUUAUUACAGAGAUGUAACAGUUCUAUUGGAGCUGAACGGCCUACAAGAGUCUUCAGAAAAAGAAAUCAAAGGCGAAGAAGAGGAGUCCAUCGCAAAUGUAAGCCAGCUGGCCAACACAAGUACUAAAGAUCUUGGCUCUGACAACCUUCAAUGGAAGAGCAAACAGAUAAUCUUAAAUUUGAUAGUAACACUGUGUUUAGAAUCUGAAAAAUAUGAAAACCUGCUGCUCGCACUGAGCGGCAAAAUUUCAGAUCUUAUUGAAAUAUCGUUCCGUGGAUCUACAGUGAGAAAUGAAGGAAUGAAAUUGACUGGACUACAAAUUUUGAAUUUUGUACUUAAGAACUAUUCGUCAAUGAGAGAUCCCCAGAUCCCUGAAUCAUCGAUAUUAGAGCAACAGGAAGCCCAGAUAACUAGUGCAUUGAUGCCAGCAUUUAGUAAAGGAAGCUCGCCUACAGUGAUUUCUUUUGCUAUCACUGUUGCUGCUGAGGUAUUAGCCUCCAAUAUCAUGCCGCCAGACAAAUUGGGAAGAAUUUCACAAUUACUAGUAGAUCUUCUCGGUAACUUCAAAGGUUCUCCUUCUAAUAUACGUGUGGGUGAGGCCUUCAUUGUUACACCAAAGGCGAAGAGAAAAAUUGAACUUUCCGUUUUGGAUGCAUGGGCUGAGAUAGUACAAAGGUCCAUUACCUCAUCGAAUGAACCACUGGUCGCUUUUACAAAAAAAUAUUGGAGUAUUUUGGUUCCAUUAUGGAUCAUCUCUUUACGUGAAUAUAUGACAAUCAAAUACAGUGACAAAGAUGCUACGAUACAAUUAGAUGAUCAUUCGAAAGAAAAUGACCUCAUUGAGUUGAGAAGUACAAAGAUUGAAUUGUAUGAGCCAGUGUGGUUGAACUUUGUAGAGGCACUCGGAUGCACACUUGAUUCCGAUGUUAGCAUCAUUUCAGGAUCACUUAACGACGAGGAAUUGGAGUAUUUCCUCUUUAUUCUGUUUAGUCUGUGCUUAGAAGCCAUCGUCAAGAAUAUUGACGACCAUUCAAUGAAAAUGCAAGUUUUGCCUGCUUUACACAACGUUUUAAAAAGUAAUCUAUGCAUAAAAAGCAUAUUUGAAGAUGAUAUCAUUGCCGAAGUUGUUGGAGUUAUGGAUAGACUAAUCUCUACAGGAAACAGCAAGGAAGAAUUUUUACUCGUUGAUAUAAUUAGUGACUUGAUCAUUGGUUAUUCAAAGUGCAAUAGUACACCUGAGUCGUUUCUACAAGAUAUUGACAAACUGUAUGAAUUACUGCGACUAUUAAUGAUGAUUAUCUCAGAGAAAUUACCACUUAUCAAGAAUAACGUGUUAAGUAGCGAGGAAGAUAAUUAUGAAAUAAAACUCUCCUCCACUGAUAUUGACUUAUUAAAGAAAACAUUCGUUGCGUUUGAAUCAAACAUCAGUAACUUUGACAGCAUGUUUAAGUUAGAUCUCUAUUCCUGUCUUUUAUUCGUUAUAGGGAAAAUUUAUGAAUGUAGGGAACGCGAAGUGAUCAUCCCAAUCAUUCUUCCACUUUUCAAGGCAUUAGUAAAGGCACUUACAGAAUCGGACGACAAGGAUAAUAUUGAAUUACUGGCAAUAUUCUACGGGUCAAUCAAGGAUGUAAUAUAUCAUAAGUUGAGUUCGAACAACAAGGUUGCCACCAUUUUGAUUUUGCUGUCUAAUGGGUACUCUAAUUUAAGUUGUCAGGAACUAAGUGACUGCGCGGACAUUCUCUUGGGGGCAUUAAACGAUCCUACUACACGACCCAUUGCCUUACAAGGUUUCAAAAGAAUAGUAUCGAAUGUUUUUAGAUACCCAUUAUUGCAGCACUUGAUAAAAGUAGUCAUCAAAAGGUUUUUUCAAGAUAUUCAAGCAAAGGAAUCUUUGUCGCUAGCAACCAUCAAAAUAAAGCUAAUAAUUCAGUUUACAGGAGAAGCGAUAAAGCAAAAUGACUCAAAAGCAUCGUUGUCAAUCGCUUUAUGUCUGUCUUUCUUCGUUGUAUAUCACGAAACGUAUAGAGAUAAAGUGGACAAAGAGGUUGCUGAAGAAAUGAUGACUUUGGUCCAAUUGGACAAGAAUUCAUUUAAAGAUGCUGUUGCCAAUAUUUUAAACCAUCAACAAAAGACGAUUAUAGGCUCCAUAAUGGAGGCUUAUGUUCAGUCUGAGUCCCUGGGAUCUGUCGAAGAAGCUUUUCAAUUGAAAUCUUUUAAGUAA